GCGAGCUGCGUUGGAGCCACCGGCGCCGCGGCCUGGGGCUUCCCUCCGCCUUCUCCGGCCCCCGCCCGCCCGCGCGCUCGCCUCCGCCUUCGCCUCCCGCUUCCCGGGCCGCCGCUUCACGAACAAAGAAGGGAGCCCGCGGCGGCGGCGGCGCCUCGACGGUGCCCGCAGGCUUCGGCCUGGUCGCGCGUGAGCGAGUGAACGAGGCGGCUUCCUGCGCUCCUGCCCCCGCUGGCAGAAAAAUAUGGCUCAGGAGACUAACCAGACCCCCGGGCCCAUGCUGUGUAGUACAGGAUGUGGCUUUUAUGGGAAUCCUAGGACAAAUGGGAUGUGUUCUGUGUGCUACAAAGAACAUCUUCAGAGGCAGCAGAAUAGUGGCAGAAUGAGUCCAAUGGGGACAGCAAGUGGUUCCAACAGUCCUACCUCAGAUUCUGCAUCUGUACAGAGAGCAGAUGCUAGUUUAAACAACUGUGAAGGUGCUGCUGGCAGCACAUCUGAAAAAUCAAGAAAUGUGCCUGUGGCUGCCAUGCCUGUAACUCAGCAAAUGACAGAAAUGAGCAUUUCAAGAGAGGACAAAAUAACUGCCCCAAAAACAGAGGUGUCAGAGCCAGUUGUGACUCAGCCCAGUCCAUCAGUUUCUCAGCCCAGUACUUCUCAAAGUGAAGAAAAAGCUCCGGAGUUGCCCAAACCAAAGAAGAACAGAUGUUUCAUGUGUAGAAAGAAAGUUGGCCUUACAGGGUUUGACUGCCGAUGUGGAAAUUUGUUUUGUGGACUUCACCGUUAUUCUGACAAGCACAACUGUCCAUAUGAUUACAAAGCAGAAGCUGCAGCAAAAAUCAGAAAAGAGAAUCCAGUUGUUGUGGCUGAAAAAAUCCAGAGAAUAUAAAUAACUACUUGUGAAGAGACUGAAACUUUUGUUUUUAUUUUAAUAUAUCGUAGGAAAACAUUAAAGAGCAGAUGCAUGGCCAUUUUC